CCUCGCUCUCUACGGCGUGCGUGCGAUAGACACGAGACAAAACACUAGCUAGCAAGCUAGCUCGAGCUCUCAGGCAGAGAUCGACCGUCGACUCGAGCGCGAUGGACACGGCGGCGCAGGCGGGGAGGAGGGGUUCGUCGGAGGUGAGGGCGGAGGGGCUGAUGCGGGGCGCGUGCGCGGCGCUGGCGACGGCGUCGGCGCUGCUCAUGGGGCUGGACACGCAGACGGAGACGGUGCUGCUCAUCAGGAAGAAGGCCACCGUCAAGGACGUCCACGCCCUCUGGGUGCUGACGGCGGCGGUCGGCGCGGCGGCGGGGUACCACCUGCUGCACCUGCUCCGGUGCCUCUACCUCGGCCGCUUCGCCCACAACCCCUGCCGCAACAGCAGGGCCUUGGCCUGGGCUUUCCUCCUCCUCGACAAGGGGUGCGCGUACGUGACGUUCGCGGCGACGGUGGCGGCGGCGCAGGCGUGCCUGAUCGCGCUGGACGGCGCGCAGGCGCUGCAGUGGAACAAGGUCUGCAACAUCUUCACCCGCUUCUGCCAGCAGGUCGCCGGGAGCCUCGUCUGCGGCGGGCUCGCCGCCGCCGGCACCGCCCUGCUCUCCGCGCUCUCCGCCCGCAACCUCUUCCGCCUCUACCCGUCGCUCUCCCGCCCGCGCCCGCACCCGCACCGCUCCUCCUCCACAAAGUAGGCGGCCCGGCCCAUCAACCCCAGCAGUAACCACACCGCGGUGGGCUCCCGAUGGAUGAUAGCUAGCUAGUGCUGUUGGGCCGCAACAGAGGCAUUCGGCCCGGCUACGCCCAAGCGACUACUUCUUCUUGGGCUUCUCUUCUGUUUCGUUAUGUUGCUACUAGUGUGAGAAUACUGCUCUGAAAAAAAAAACUAGUGUGAGAAGACGUGACCAUGUGUACUGCAGUAGCGUAUUUGCCGCAGAAAAUACUUAUCAGUGUGUUUGUAUGUAUGUAUGUAUGUAUUCUCUGUGUAUUAUUCCUAGACCGUGUAACCUCCUCCAGCACCUUAUGAGCCUUCGUGGGACCAGUAUUACUCAUAUCAGUCGAUCCCAAAAUAAAGUCAAGCAAUUAUUCACUAAUUA